AUGGUACAGCACUUCUCAUGAAUGCAUACCGUGCUUCCAUCACCAACAACUAAUUGGGCCUUUCGACUCCCUCAGGUGAUCUUUUGUGGGAAGUCAUCGUACGAGGCCAUCGAAAGGGCUCGGCGGCCCCUUCUUGGACGGACGAGAAUCCAUGUGGUGGAAUAUGACGAGUUUCUCGUGGCCAAGCACCGGGAAGCCUUCGAGAAACAAAGGAAACUCCUCAUGUGAGAAAACACCUGUCUCUUCUGUCUUUUGUCUGCCUCUCACUGUCUCUCUUCUCUUCGUACGUCUCACAACAUGCCUCUUACCUAUGUCAUUCAUACUGUGCGUCUCCGAAGGAAAAACGCCUUCCAUGGCAAGAAGAGGAUUCCAUUUCGAAAAAACUACUCCGCCAGGCUAUUCAUGAUCUGGUGACUAGUCUUUCUUUUAUCUAGAUGGUAACGUAACUGCGUCUCUCUUUCAUAUGCCUUCAGGAACGAGAAGAUCAAUUUCUUACAUCGGGCAGCGUCCGAGAAUCCGUUCAACACGAAGUUGUUUCUCUUCGCUGACAUAGCUCUUUUGAGGUUCGUCUGUGCGGAAAAGAAGCAGAGACAUGCCAUGUUUCUUUCGGAUGCAUGUUUCCCCACAUUGCUGGCCCGAUAGGAAGCUGUCAGCAGAGGAGAUGGCAAGUGGACGUUUCAAGAAGUGGCCAAAUGCACAGAAGCUGGCAGAGGCGCCUCACGAUAAGAUGUUGCUCUUCCGAGUUGACCCGUUCAAGAAGAAAUGGUCCCGGUGCAGAAGGCAGCGCUGCCUACCUUAUUUUCGACCCUAUUAUAACAAGAUCAUCGCAGGCUCGAUGGGCGGAACUCAAGAUGCCAUCCAACGGUUUCACACAGAAUACUACGCGAUGCUCGCCUACUUCCUGCAGACCAAGCGGUGGGCUGGCCAGGAGCAGCAGAUCAUUGACGCUGUCUGCCUGAUUAAUAGCGAUAUGUGCUACAUUGUCGUGGCACCUCGAGGGAGAUCUCAAGGAAGGAGCAGCUUCUUCCAUUCUCUUGACUAUUUUAUGCCUCCAUGA